GCUCCCGUCGCCCGCAGCGGCGGCGGCGGCGGCAGCGGCGGGGGAGAGCCCCCUGCGGCCGGUGUCUGUCAGGCGGCGGCGGCAGGAGGAGCUCGGCUGACACGUCAGUGCAGGAGCGUUUAACCCCGCGGACACCGUCCAGGAAAAAGGAAGAGGCGAACCCGAGCGGGCGGACCGCGGCGGCGCCGCCGGGGCAGAUUACAUGAUGGAAUUCACGUCUGUUCAAGAAAAGUUGUGUAUCUUGGAUCAAUACAGUUGAAGCUGUCUUCUGUUUGCAACACCCUAAGCAGAGUCUUGUGACGAAUUUGUGAAAAGAAUAUAUACAAUGGAUCUCAAAGAAGGCUGCCCAAGUGUUAGCAUUCCCAGCUCUGAUGAACACAGAGAGAAGAAAAAAAGAUUUACUGUUUACAAAGUGUUGGUCUCAGUUGGCAGAAAUGAAUGGUUUGUCUUCAGACGGUAUGCAGAGUUUGAUAAACUCUACAAUACGCUAAAGAAGCAAUUUCCCACUAUGAACUUGAAGAUUCCAGCUAAGAGAAUAUUUGGAGACAAUUUUGAUCCUGAUUUUAUUAAACAGAGAAGAGCAGGACUGAAUGAAUUCAUUCAAAAUUUAGUUAGACAGCCAGAGCUGUGCAACCACCCAGAUGUCAGAGCAUUUCUUCAGAUGGAUAACCCAAAACACCAGUCAGAUCCAUCUGAAGAUGAAGAUGAAAGGAGCAAUCAGAAGUUAAAUUCUACCUCACAGAAUAUCAACUUGGGACCAUCUGGAAACCCUCAUGCUAAACCAACAGACUUUGAUUUCCUGAAAGUUAUUGGGAAAGGCAGCUUUGGCAAGGUUCUUCUUGCAAAGCGAAAACUGGAUGGGAAAUACUAUGCUGUCAAAGUGCUGCAAAAAAAAAUUGUUCUCAACAGGAAAGAGCAAAAACAUAUUAUGGCUGAGCGUAAUGUGCUUUUGAAAAAUGUGAAACAUCCAUUUUUGGUCGGAUUACAUUACUCAUUCCAAACAACAGAAAAGCUUUACUUUGUUCUGGAUUUUGUCAAUGGCGGAGAGCUGUUCUUUCACUUACAAAGAGAACGUUCCUUUCCCGAGCACAGAGCCAGAUUUUAUGCUGCUGAAAUAGCCAGUGCACUGGGCUACUUACACUCCAUAAAUAUUGUAUACAGGGAUUUAAAGCCAGAAAACAUUCUCCUCGAUUCACUGGGUCACGUCGUGUUAACAGACUUUGGACUUUGUAAAGAAGGGAUUGCAAGUUCUGAUACCACUGCAACUUUUUGUGGGACACCAGAAUAUCUUGCACCAGAAGUGAUUAAAAAGCAGCCUUACGACAACACAGUAGACUGGUGGUGUCUUGGUGCAGUUCUUUAUGAAAUGCUUUAUGGGCUGCCUCCUUUUUACUGCCGUGAUGUUGCUGAGAUGUAUGAAAAUAUUCUUCAUAAACCCCUAGUUUUGCGCCCAGGAAUCAGUCUUACAGCCUGGUCCAUUCUGGAAGAGCUUUUGGAAAAAGAUCGGCAAAGCAGACUUGGAGCAAGGGAAGAUUUUCUUGAAAUUCAAAAACACCCAUUCUUCGAAUCUCUCAGCUGGACUGACCUUCUUCAGAAGAAGAUUCCACCGCCAUUUAAUCCUAAUGUGGUUGGACCAGAUGAUAUUGGAAAUUUUGAUGCAGUGUUUACGGAAGAAAUGGUCCCAUACUCAGUUUGCAUUUCUUCCGAUUAUAACAUUGUUAAUGCCAGUGUCCUAGAGGCAGACGAUGCAUUUGUUGGGUUUUCUUAUGCACCACCUUCUGAAGAUCUGUUUUCCUAGGAAUUUAGAAGCCAACUGUGUUUUGGAAAUCUUGGGUUGGACUGAAAUGGCAGAAUUGUGAACACAUUCCAAAAUAGUGCAACUAUUGCCUCAUUUUGUAUGUGGGUUUGAAACCUAUGAACAAACUUUCUCUACUGUAUAGGAGGAAUUUGGGCAUUUUGAAUGGCUUUCCUUGGGGUUUGAACUGUUUGUUCCUGCUGCAGAAAAUAUUUUAAAAAAACCUUUAAAAACUAUUCUCUACACUUACUUAUUUUUUAAGCAAAAACACUGACUGUUCUCCCCAGUCCCUUCAGGUUUACAUUCAUACCUAUGUAAGAUUUGGCUGGCUCAGGCAGCAGCAAAUUUAGUAAAUUUAUAAAUGCCUUUGUACCUAUUUACAGUGACUUUGUGCUUGAAUUGUAACUAUGCAAAUUGUCUUUUGUAUAUCAUUGUUUAAAAAAAGGAUAAACAUUUUUCCUGUCAUAUUAAUCUGAAAUACAAGUUAAUUUACCUGUCAACACUUAAAUAAGGGAUUAAUUUAAAUUAAGAUUGAAAUGCUUAAAGGAUUUCUACUGAAUGAAAACCUGGUCACAUAAUGUUGCUCCUACAUUUGCUGAAGAAUUCAAUUCACUCAACUGGAUUAUCUGAAGUACGGGGAAUUACUCAAAGCAAGGAUGGAACAAAUUAACUGGAUUGAUCUGAUAACAUUACUGAUAAUAUUUUCUACUUUUUUUUUUUGCUCCCUGAGAUAAAUAUGUCUACAUUUCAACUGCAUUAAAAAUAUUUUUGGUUAAAAGUCUGCUUUUUCAGAGAUGUAAACAUGUAAUAAUCACUGCUAGUUUGAAAGGCAAUCUUGCUUUGAUCUUCUGGGAAUGGGUGAGGGAAUCAUGCUAAGUAUUAGGGAUUUCUCACUGAUUUAUUGUGUUUGAAACAUUGAUAUAUCCCAAGUGGAUUGUAUUUCAAUAUCAUAGCUACUUGUCUUUUUCUGUGUCCCAGUUUGUACUGUUUUUUAAUCCUCACUUGAUAUUUAGGAAAAAUAAUGUAAAUUACCUUGAUACUUUUGAAAAUGUGAAAAACUUUUCAUAACAUACACAUAAAUGGGCAAACUGAUAAUUCUGAUGAGCUGUUUUUAAAGAAUGUUUUUAAAAAAUACAGAAAUUGGCAUUAUAAUGUAAUGGCCUAUCACAGUUA